AUGUCAAAUAUUUAUAGUAAUGAUAUCGAAAUUAUUCAUUUUACAAGUCUUGGUUAUGGAGAAUUAAGAUUAGCCAAGAAAUAUUGCGAAAAGGAAAUUUUAGACAACUUAUUUCAAACAGAGGGCGGUUUAAUUAUCGUCGAUGCCGAAGGAGAAGAGGUAUUUCCCGCUAAAGAUGAAAGUAACAAAGAAUAUUAUCCACAAUUAAUCCCAAACACUACCUAUACAAUUGUAUCUGAAAAAGAUUUAGAUAGUGAUACAGAAGAUGAUGAACACGACGAUGAUGAACACGACGAUGAUGAAUACGAAGAUGACGUGCACGAGGGUAAUGAAGAACAUGAACAUGAACAUGAACAUGAACAUGAACACAAGGAUGGUGAUUGCUGCAGUAUCGAUCAUCAACAUGAACAUAAAACUGAAUCUGGUUCAGUUUGUUGCUCCAAUCAAUCAUCCAAAUCUGAACAGAAAAAAAUUCAAAUUUACCAAAUGGGCUAUGACAAACUUUUAAAAAUGAGAGAGGCAAGAAUUAACAUGAUUUCAAAAUUGUAUAAAAGAAAAUAUCCAGAUAUCUUUGAAUUAAAAGAAGAAUUUCUUGAUAGCAGUUUUAUAGAUCCAAUAAGACAAUUUAAAAAAACCAAAGACAAGAAUGAUUUAUUAAAAUCCUUUACAAAACUAACAGAUACCAAAAUAUAUUCGUUCAGAAUUUUUAAAUUAGAUUUUUGCACUAAACUAUUAGAAGAAAUUGAAAACUUUAAAAACUCUGGAUUACCAACCGCUCGACCAAACUCAAUGAACAAUUACGGCGCAGUUUUAGAUGAAAUUGGUUUUACCGAAUUUUUUAAUCAACUUAGAGAACAAUACCUAUCACUUUUUACCACUGUUUUAUACCCAGACUAUAAUGGUGACUGUUUAAAUGGUCACCACGCAUUUGCAGUUCAAUAUAAAAUGGAUAGAGAAAAAGAAUUAGGUUUCCACUAUGACGAAUCUGACAUCACUGUAAACUUAUGUUUGGGCAGUGAGUUUACUGGUGGCUCUUUAUAUUUUAAAGGAAUUUUAGAAGAACCAGAAACUCACAACGAAUAUUUUGAAGUUAAUCAUACCCCGGGCGUUGCUUUAAUUCACGUUGGUCACCAUAGACAUGGUGCUUUAGGUCUUAAAAGCGGCGAAAGAACAAAUUUAAUUUUAUGGUUAAGAAAUGUCAAUAGCGAUAGUCGUCAUACCAACAGUGAUACCAACGUUGAUACCAAUGUUGAUACCGCCACUGCUGCUAUAGCCUCAGCCACUAUUUAG